CCUCUUUACAAAUCUUGAUGCUCUUUCUACAACCAGCAUAACAUUUUCUCGUGACUUUGUACUUAAAGUGAACGACUUGUUUAAACACACGAGGCUCAUUUCGAGAAACGGACUAAUGUUAAUUUUGUUCUCUCAUGUUUUCUGACGUCACCGUACGUGUUUGACCAGAAAGUCUAUUCGCAUUAGCACGCGCCCUGUAGUACAAUGUCAACAGCACCAGAGGCGCCGGCAGCAGGAGGAGACGCCCCCGGGUCAAACAGCCAGAAGUUUAGGAGCUGCUGGAGCUGUCGGGUCAUCUCCGGCGGCGGAUUGAUCCUGUCUGGAGCGUAUGUGUACAACGCCGCCCGGAAAGUGAUGCGACAAGGCGGGCCGACCUCCAUGGGCACGGUGGCGCAGAUCACAUUCGCUGCUUGUUUGGCUGCGUGGGGACUCGUCAUCCUCGCAGACCCGGUAGGAAAAUCGCAGAAGAAGACGUGACGGCUGUUAACGGAAUAAACCUUCAAACUGUCUCCGAGAUGUUUAUGGACAAUAUGACACCCAGUUAAAGAAGUGUGUAUAGGGUUGACCAAGGGUCCGACCAUAUUGGAAGCUCGUGAUUGGUUGAAUUAAAAAUAUCAUAUAUUUAAUCAAA